GUCUCUACUGCGCAGAAUCGGGUAUCAGGAUCGCCAACAUGACGGAAGAUUUUGGCUUCAUUUUCAUUGAAGGAAUGGGAACAGCGACACGGCGUCCAUCUUUUUUUACAGUCUCUGAUAUCAAUAGUAGUCCUCUCGUUUGCAAAUUUAAAGUUCGUGGUUAUCGAUUAUACUUUUGGUUCUCAAAACAUUUGACCCUAUUUUGACGCCAUAGUUAUCUGUGGUCCUCCAGUCCGCUGAGCGGCGCACUGAGCGCGGGUCUGUUAGUGGGAGUGAAGCGCUCGCUGCUCGUCUCUGUGUACUGAGAGAGAUCAGGAACAGCCAGCAGCGCCGCAGUCUGAACGCUAGAAGCUAGAAAUUUGAAGUGUGGGAAAAUCGUGUGGGCAGGAUUCGUAUCUUGAGAGGUCGCAAUGUCUCGAAGAUAUGAUUCAAGAACCACCAUCUUCUCCCCUGAAGGGCGCCUGUAUCAGGUAGAAUAUGCCAUGGAGGCUAUUGGCCACGCAGGUACCUGUUUAGGAAUCCUUGCCAAUGAUGGUGUGCUGCUGGCGGCAGAGAGGAGGAACAUUCACAAGCUGCUGGAUGAAGUGUUCUUUUCAGAGAAGAUCUACAAACUCAACGAAGACAUGGCCUGCAGUGUAGCAGGAAUCACAUCUGAUGCCAAUGUCCUCACUAAUGAACUAAGACUAAUUGCACAAAGGUAUCUACUUCAGUACCAGGAGCCUAUUCCCUGUGAACAGCUGGUUACUGCACUCUGUGACAUCAAACAAGCUUAUACACAGUUUGGAGGUAAAAGGCCUUUUGGUGUGUCUCUGCUGUACAUGGGCUGGGAUAAACACUAUGGCUUCCAACUCUAUCAGAGUGACCCCAGUGGAAACUAUGGAGGCUGGAAGGCUACCUGUAUCGGCAACAACAGUGCAGCUGCUGUGUCGAUGCUGAAGCAGGAUUUUAAAGAGGGUGAGAUGACCCUUUCUUCUGCCCUCGCCUUGGCCGUCAAAGUUCUCAACAAAACCAUGGACGUCAGCAAGCUCUCUGCAGAAAAAGUUGAGAUCGCCACAUUAACACGAGAGAAUGGAAAAACCCGAAUCAAGGUUCUGAAACAGAAGGAGGUGGAAGAGUUGAUCAAGAAGCACGAAGCAGAAGAGGCCAAGGCAGAAAAAGACAAGAAAGAGAAGGAACAGAAAGAGAAAGACAAAUGAGAACCUACACUUCCUCUUUUCUAUUAAAAACAUAAAGUAGCUUUGGAUUCCUGGAUUGUUCCAAUCAGUCUGUCCUUUUGUCUCUUGUUUUCUUUAAUAAACACAAAACACAAGGUAA